AUAAAAUCUUCAUUCAUUUUCAGCUCAAGGUGUUGUCAGACAGCGAAACUUUUUUUUAUCUUUUUCGUCUUUUUGAACUAAUGAUGGCACAGACAAUUGGAUAUGCAUUAGCCAUACUUUCUACUACCUUUUUCAUAGCUCUGUCCUUCGGGGAAACUCCAAGCUUAGAAGUUGAAGUUGCUGCUUUGGAAGCUUUCAAGAAUUCAAUCUCUGAUGACCCUUUUGGUGUACUUGUGGAUUGGAAUGACGCAAAUCACAACUGCAACUGGUCUGGAAUCAUAUGUGAUCCCUCUUCGAACCAUGUCAUCAACAUUUCGCUUAUUGGGACACAGCUCAAAGGCCAAAUUUCUCCAUUUCUAGGAAACCUCUCCAAACUCCAGGUUCUUGAUCUAACUUUGAAUGCAUUUACUGGAAAUAUCCCACCCCAGCUGGGGCAUUGCACAGAGCUGGUUCAGCUCAUUCUUCAUCAAAACUGUCUUUCUGGUGAAAUUCCUACCGAGCUAGGAAACCUCAAAAACCUGCAAUUAUUAGAUCUCGGCAAUAACUCUCUGAAUGGGAGAAUACCUGAGAGUAUAUGCAACUGCACUGAAUUGUUGUCUGUAGACCUCAUCAACAACAGUCUCACAGGGAAAUUACCGUCUGAAAUUGGUAAUUUAGCUAAUCUUCAAUCGUUUGUAGUGUAUAAAAACAAUUUGGUUGGUUUAGUUCCAACCUCCAUUGGAAUGUUGACAGCUCUGCAAACCCUUGAUCUGAGCGAAAACCAGUUAUCUGGACUUAUACCAUCAUUAAUUGGCAACUUGUCAAGUUUAGAAAUUCUUCAGCUAAAUCAUAACACUCUUUCUGGGAAAAUCCCAUCUGAACUUGGCCUCUGCAUCAAGCUUGUUACCUUGGAAAUGUACACUAACCAAUUCAGUGGAAGCAUACCUCCUGAGCUUGGAAAUUUAGAAAACUUGCAAAGGCUCAGAGUGUAUAACAAUCAGUUGAACUCCAGCAUACCAGCCUCAUUGUUCCACCUGAAGUCGGUAACUCAUUUAGGACUCUCACAUAAUGAGCUAACUGGUAAUAUUCCUCCCGAGUUGGGAUCUUUAAUGUCGCUACGAGUGCUUACCCUCCACUCAAAUAGGUUGUCGGGGGAGAUUCCAUCAACUUUAACAAACCUGGCAAACUUGACAUAUUUGUCUUUGAGCUUUAACUUAUUGACCGGAUCACUUCCAUUUGAACUUGGGUUACUCCAUAAUCUGAAGAAUCUAACUGCAAGUAAUAACCUCCUAGAGGGGUCUAUUCCAUCCAGCAUAACAAAUUGUUCACACCUUCGUGUUUUAACCCUCACUUUUAAUAGAAUAACAGGUAAAAUACCAAAAGGGUUAGGGCAGUUGUCCAAUCUUACAUUUUUGUCUUUGGGUUCAAACAAGAUGUUGGGGGAUAUUCCUGAUGAUCUCUUCAACUGCUCAAUGCUUGAAGUUCUAGAUCUGAGUGGUAAUAAUUUUAGCGGAAAACUCAAACCAAUGAUUGGCAGAUUCUCCAAACUUCGGGUUCUAAGAGCCCAUAGUAAUUCAUUUCUUGGGUCCAUCCCACCAGAGAUUGGUAAAAUGAGUCAACUGGUAGAUUUAGUGCUUCACAAAAACAGUUUCUCAGGUGUGAUACCACCAGAAGUUUCAAAGCUUUCGAACCUCCAGGGCCUUUCGCUGGCUGACAACAAGCUGGAAGGUGAACUUCCUGUGCAAAUUUUUGAGCUUAAACGUCUCUAUGAACUCCUGCUGCAGAACAAUAAUUUCAUCGGUCCAAUACCCAACCAUAUAUCCAAACUAGAAUCACUUUCGCUCAUGGAUUUGAGUGGAAAUAAGCUUAAUGGUACAAUCCCAGAGAGCAUGGCAGGCCUCCGCAGACUGAUGACCUUAGAUCUUUCACACAACCUUCUUACCGGAACUCUUCCUAAAACGGUAGUUGCCAGCAUGCGAAGUAUGCAAUUUUACAUGAACGUUUCAAGCAACUUGCUGGAUGGAGUGAUCCCUGAUGAGAUUGGCGUGUUAGAAAUGGUUCAAGCAAUUGACAUGUCAAACAACAAUCUAUCAGGCAGCAUUCCCAGAUCCCUAGGUCGCUGCAAAAAUUUAUUCUCACUGAACCUAUCAGGGAACAUGCUGUCUGGUCCUGCUCCAGGUGAAACGCUGACCAAAUUAAGUGAGCUAGUAUUCUUGAACCUCUCACGGAACAGAUUAGAAGGCGAACUUCCUGAAAUGACAAGUUUGCCACAUCUUAGCUCUCUUGAUCUUUCACAAAACAAGUUCAAGGGAAUCAUUCCCCAGAGUUUUGCCAAAAUGCCUGCACUAAAAUGUCUCAAUCUUUCUUUCAACCAACUUGAAGGUCACAUUCCGAAGGGGGGUGUAUUCAACAAUAUAAGGUCCGCGAAUUUACAGGGAAAUCCAUCUCUAUGUGAAACAGAGUUUCUCAGGCCAUGCAGCAUCAAAAGCAACCAAACAAGUUCUCAUUCCAAGAAAACCUGGAUCAUACUUGGAUCUGCUUUGCUUUUUAUUCUUCUUCUCUUGGGAAUAUUUUUAUUUCAUCAGUACAUGAAGAGGAAGCGAAAAGUGACUGACAUGGAGGAUACAAAUCCACAGUAUACCUCAGCACUUGGCCUCCAGAGAUUUUAUCAAAAGGAUUUGGAACAUGCUACCGAUAAUUUCAGUUCAGAAAACAUUAUUGGAGCCAGCAAUUUAAGUACUGUGUACAAAGGUACACUGGAAGAUGGGAAGAUUGUAGCAGUUAAAAAACUGAAUCAUCAGUUCUCAGAAGAAUCAGGAAAAUGCUUUGAUAGGGAAGUCAAGACUCUGAGCCAACUCAGACACAGGAACCUGGUUAAGAUGAUUGGUUAUGCUUGGGAAAGCAAGAAGCUAAUGGCUGUAAUUUUAGAACACAUGGAGAAUGGGAACUUGGACAGUAUUAUUUAUGGUCAACUGGCAGAUGAGUGGACAUUGUCUAAUAGGAUUGACAUUUUAGUUUCAGUAGCAAGUGGGUUGUCAUACCUGCAUUCAGGAUAUGAUUUUCCAAUAGUGCACUGCGACUUGAAGCCUUCAAAUAUUCUUCUGGAUGAAAAUAUGGAAGCACAUGUGAGUGACUUUGGGACAGCUAGGAUGUUAGGUAUUCAUCACCAGGAUGGAAGAAGCACAUCAUCAGCAUCCACAUUUGAAGGAACUAUUGGUUACAUGGCGCCAGAGUUUGCAUAUAUGAGGAAAGUGACCACAAAAGUAGAUGUAUUUAGCUUUGGUGUAAUCGUGAUGGAGAUCAUAACUAAAAGAAGGCCAACAAGUCUUACAGGAGCAGAUGAAAUACCAAUGACUUUGCAUCAAGCUGUUCAGAAUGCCCUUGCGAAUGGCAUAAACAAGAUAGUCCAGAUUGUGGAUUCUAAUCUAGCUUCAUACGUCGCCAAGAAACAGGAGUUAAUAGAGGGACUUCUUAACUUGGCUUUGUCCUGCACCUUUCCUGAUCCUGAAGACAGACCUGACAUGGAGCAAGUUCUGUCUUCUCUUGUAAAACUAAGUAAGAUGGAGUGCAUGCAUUAACGUACUUAUGUGGUAAAUGAUAAAAUUUGAUGUAGAUAGUAGAAGAAGCUGGAGUAUAUCAAACUUAAUGUGAACCACCACCAAAUUUCCCUUGGUGGCUAAUUGAACUAGUCCACAAAUAGAACUUAAAUAUACAAGACAUAAAUGACAUCUCGAGUAUUCCCAUUUCACUAGAGGGAUAUCCUGGAAUUGUCACGUUAAAUUAAUUUGAAGUUGACUUGCAUCAUGAACUUGAACAACAUAUUCAAGAAUACUUCACAUUAAUUCCAACUAAGGAGCAAAAGACUAGAUCUUUACGAAGUACAUUUAAUAGAGUCAGUGAGAGGUUGAUUGAUAGACCAAAGUGCCAAUGAUUUCUAUCACUAAAAAUUGUCUACAGGAAACGAGUAAACUUUUGAACACACAUAUAUAGAAGUGAAAUUGCGAUAACUCAAUAAAGGCCUUAAUAAGCCAACAACAUUCUAGAAAUUUAUUUACUAGAGAGGGAAAAAUCAACCUCGUCAACUGGUGGAUCAUUAUGCAAGAACUCAUCAACGGUAGACGGGAACUCAAAUCUAUCAACACCAUGAGAAACCUCUGAAUGAAUAAGAGCAGCUUUGCCUAAAAGCAGAUGAGCCAACCUGAACGAUUCUCUCCGCUCUCCACUAUUCCUAUCCAUAAAAUGCUCAAUCCAACCUUGUAACCUCUCCACUUCUUUUUCACUUUUUGGUCCCUUAACCCCAACAACCUUUCCAUAAAAUGCAUCAUCACAACCAAAUUCCACUUCCAUCUUCUUGGAUCCCUCCCUUUUACGAUCCGUUAAACCCAAUAGCUGCAUCAACAGUUGAAUCUCAUCAACCCCAUCGCCAUCAGCUUCAACCACACCAACUCUUUCUUGAACUUGUUUAGGACUUAUGUGAGGUGGGGUUUCUUGGUCAAGCGGGGAAUUAGAGAGAAACCGAAGUGGGGUUUCGCUUUCUUUGAGGUUUGUGUUGCUGGUGAUGGAGUCAUCACAGUUGAGGUACAAUGGGCUCAUCAGAGACUGGGUCGGUGUGUUGAUAGCUUCUUUUUGAGAUGGGUUGUUCUCAAGUUUCAAUCUUUUCUCCAAUUGUUUGAGAGAA